UUUACGUGUGGUAGGGGGCGACGAGAAGCAAGCGACUUUCGUUGCGAGAGUGAUUUAUAAGAAUCCGCAAAUUCUUCAGAGAGAAUGUUUCGCUUCGCAGUAUGUGUGUGACGUGUGCCAUCGGUGUAUGUGACGCGCGCCAGUUUUGCGUGCGCUCAACGUAAAAGACUAUUUACGCGGACGGCGUAGUCCGCCGUGACCAUUGCGAACGCUUCGACUCUUCCCAGCACUCCUCUCGAUAAAAUGGAUUAUCGCGAAAAGAUGGUCGUAGUUCCGCAAUCAAAAAUCAAAAUUGAGGAUGAUGACGACGAAGAUCUGGAAACGUUAAGGAUGGUUGCACUACAAUCGAUCCGGGCAAAAGAUGCGGCGCGCAACAGACGACCGAUAUUACCACAAGUAACACAAUCGUCUCGUAUCCCAUAUAAAUACCAACGGCCUAUGAGAAGGAAUUUUCACUACAACAAUAGAAUACAACAAAGGCAAAAUGGCAAUGUAUAUUAUCAGAGCCCUCGUAAUCCAAACCUGAUAGCGAUAGUUCCUGUGGAUGAACCUACACCACUUCAACAAAUUGAAACAGUUUAUCCCGUCAAAGUAGAAAAGACUGAGCCACAUGUAGAAUCAUGCCCUCAAGAAAUAUCAAAAUUUCACCGUUUCAAAGACAAUGGGAGCGCUUCUGAGGAUGAGGAUAUGAAGGAGCAGAAGAGCGCCGCAACGUCAGUGAAGGCAGAUAUUAUAGCGAAGGAAGAACCGAAAGAGCCAUUGGUAGAGAUGGAAAUUCCGGAGGAGGUUACAGAGAAUUUGCAGAAGAACGGGGAGGAUCAAAAAGAAGACGGUAACGACGAUGACGACGACAUACUGCUAAUGGCUGAUCUCGAAGAGGAAGACAGCCUAGAACGUUUAAUGGACGAGAUGGAGCGAGAAAUGAAUGUGGGGAAACCGUUAGAGAAGAAGGAGAAGAAAUCGAGUAAAAGUGAAGGGAAGAACCUGACGAGGCACGAGGAGGGAAAUAAAGCCUCCGAUCAAAGAGCGAAACCGGACGAGAGCUGCUCCGGCAAGAAGGACAGGGGCAACGUUGCGACCGCUUCGUCCCUGACUGCGGUCAAGAGCGAGAGAAGAUCGGUUUCGCCGCACGUGGUGAGCCGGAUCAGCCAGAAACGCAGAUCGUUGUCGCCGAGGUCGCGGCCGCGCAAGAAAUCACCGAGGAGAUCUCCCCUCAGAAGAUCCCCGCCGAGACAGUCGAGAAGAUCGCCGAGAGAGUCGACGAGGUACCGCUCACCGCGGAGGUCUCCGUCGCGAUAUUCGCCGCGACCCAGGUCGCCGAAACUCUCGCCGCGAAGGUCUCCGAAUCGAACGUCGUCCACGAAGAGGUCACCCCCGCGGAAGCUGUCGCCGAGGGGCAGAUCACCCAAGCUCUCCUCGCGGUCUCGGUCGCCGCGGAGAUCGUCGCGCUCGAAGUCACCGCGGCCGCGCACGCCGAAAGUUCGCUCGCGCUCCCGAUCGCCGCGCUUGUCAAGGUCGCGCACGCCGAGGUUCUCGCCUCUGAGGCUAUCGCCGAGGUCCAAGUCCCCCAGGUCACCCCCCAGGAGAACGUCGCCGCGUCGAUUAGCGUCCAGGUCGCCCGGUCUGUCGCCCCUCCGAAGAGGAUCGUCGCGUUUACAGUCACCCAAGGUGUCGUCGCCGCGUAGAACACCGCGCAGGUCGCCGUGGUCGUCGCCGAGGAAUUCACCGCGGCUUCCGUCGCCUCGGCGCAGACGUUCGCCGAAGUGGUCACCGAAGGAAUUACCCAGGAAGCACGGGCCGCGUUCCGUCACUCCAGAUAACGCGGCCGGCUCGUACGCGCGGGAGCCGUCGCCGACCUUGAAGAGCGCGACGACGCCGGAGGUGCCACGAGUGAAGUCGAAGCAGAAGGAUGAACCGUACGAGAGACCGGCGACAACGGUGGAAACGACAAAGGAGCCCGUGGACGCGAUCAACGAUCCCGUGCUCGAGGCGAGGAGAAAGAAGUUCGAGUCGACGCGGCCUAUCGAUCCAGUGAACGCCAACAAGAAGAUUAAACUCUGCAAGAAGCACACCGCGAGCACCGAAAUGGAGACUUCAACGAAAGCAAUAGAGUUUCAUCUGACCGGGUUGAGGAAGGCCAAGCCGUCGGACGAGUACGAUGUCCAGGACAUGGAUCUGGGUCUGGAAACGAAUUACGAGUUUGAAGAGCUCGAAGAAGCGGACGACGCGUCUCCGAACGCUAUCGCGAGUUCCCUCAACACGUGUAUCGACGUGGAGCCGCAGAAGGCGGAGAAGGAGAAGCCUUCGAAGAAGAGGAAGAAGCGCGACAAGGAGUUGUAUCAAGUGGGGAAGUUGAAGAACGAGCUGCCGCUGUCCGAGCGCAUCGGGAAGGACAAAAAAUGUAAGAAACGCAAGGAGAUCGUCUCCGACGGCCCGAGCGAAGACGUGGAUGCUAUAUUCGAGGACUUGGCGAUCGACGAAGAGGGAGACUUGCGAGCGGAACUCAGCAGGAGGCGCGCGGAAAGACUGAACAGAACAGUUCCCAUUCAGUCCGCCAGAUUAGUGCAGUCGGCCUUCAAAGGUGUCGUGAAUGAGGUUGUGAAGAAUAACGCCAAGGCUAAUCAGAGGCAUGUCAUUAAUACUGAUAAUACUGAGAAAACAAAUCAAAAGGAAGUUAGACGGGUUACAGUUCUACAUCGAUCUGUAACUGAAUUACAUGAUUCCGAAGAUGAAAGUACUCUUGAUUCGAAGGUACCGGUGCGCUUCCGGCUCGGUCUCAAUAAACAAGAAUCCAGGGAAUCCAAGGUUACUCGAAAAGCAUCCAAAAGACAGGGUCGUAAGGUAAAGCACAAAAAUCAUUUGUCUCUAAAAGAUCCUGAGCAUAUUUUGUAGUGUACAUUAUACCUUUAUAUAGGUGUCACUCUAUAACUAUACCCAUAAGUAGUGUGUGAUAAACCUUCGUCCACCCAAUUUAAUCGAUACUUCAUAUUACCGAGUCACGGCAAACUUUCAAAAUGGCAAUUAAUGAAGUCCUCUCAAGUCAUUCACGCGAUACUCCAUCGUAACCUUACGGAUUAGCACGGCGUUGUACGAACGAAUGAUCGACCGCUAUAAUCAUACUGGCUUCGCAAAUAACCAUUCUCCUCAAAUGUGUUCAUUAACGGGAGAAAUAGCGUCUCUUAAUAGAGAUCAACUUUUGUUGUCGUGACGGACAAUUUCAUUGGCGGCAAAGAAGAAAUAUUACGAGACCGAAACACGACAAAGACAAUUUAUAUCAGUCGAGAUUGUCUAUAAACGAUGUGAAGCAGAGUAUGUGUGCCUUUCAAUAAUAGUCAAGGGUUAAUACAAAUUCGAUAACUCUUACAACGCUAAAUUUCACCAAGGGAAUGUAUUUAGAGCAUGUUUUCGUGUAUGAGGUAGAUGCAGAAUCUGAUAACAAUACUAAGUACUGAAGGAACGUGAAUGCUGCACAAAGAAAAAAUACGUAGAAUCUUUUCCAUAGAUUGUUUAGCAUCGCAUAACUCUGAACUCGGAACGGUUCGGUUGAAAAUAAAAGUGAUUUGUUUUUUGUUUAGGAAUAAGAUAAAUUCGCGUUCAUCCGAUCGCGAUAUUUAUACGAAGAAAGAAAAAAGAGAGAAAGUGUGUGUGUGUGUGAGAGAGAGAGAGAGAGAGAGAGAGAGAGAGAGAGAGAGAGAGAGAGAGAGAGAAAGUAGCGGUUCAUCUUACAUCAUUCGGUUAUCAACAUAGGAAGAUGAGCUCUUUAAAAAGCUUAUUUGAUGUUGUUUGUAAAUUAUGCGGAACGGUGUGUUUUCUUUUCAAUUAUCAAAUACAAUAAUGAUACUAAUAAUACACUAGAUGACAAUAUUCAAAAUUUUCAAUACUUCGUGCGAUCUAAAUGUACCCAAUUAUUUAUUGUUAAGUAUUGCUUAGGUAGAUUACGUGUGAUUAUAUUAAAUCAUAUGUUGAUGAGAAUGUGUACAUAAUUUACUUUGAUCGCUCACUUAAAUAAACAGGUAUCAUUGAUAAUCCCAAAGCUACCUUUUGCAGAACCUAAGCAUAUUUUAUACGAAGGUAGUCACAGGUCUAGACGUACCUUAAUUGUACAUAACGCUUAAAUAUCGAUCAACAAUGUCGAGAGAAGUACAG